AUCCUGUUAAUAAGUAUUGUUAUCGGGUUUAUUUGGGGUUUAUUUUCAAAGCUGCGGUUCCUUGUUUUUUAUCGCGAGAGUUGGAGACGGGGAUCAUGGAUUAUACCGCAGAGGUGUAGCGGAACACUGUGGGCAUAUUGUUAUCAAUUACUUGGGUCCUAGAGGUGCAAAGUCAGAAGAAGAAAGAAAGAGGAGCUUGUUCAUGCGCCUGUCACGAAGAGGAGUGGGAGGCACCGCGGUCAUAACUGACUCAUUGUCGCUUCAAACCGGUGAACAAACGGAUAAACUGCCCAGACUAACGGCAGGUCCAAAGCUUCAGCUCGUCGUGACAAGUUGCGGUUACCCGCAGUCAUCAGACCGUGGAAAUAUCGUGUCAUCCAAAAUAACUAAAUCAGGUUAAUGGGGUGUUGUGGUGAGCAGUGACAGGACGCAUUAUGGUGGAUUACUAUAAUAUCCUGGGAGUGCCCAGAACAGCUUCUCAGGACGACAUCAAGAAGGCGUACAGGAAACUGGCACUGAAAUGGCAUCCAGACAAAAACCCAGACAACAAGGAAGAAGCAGAGAGGAAGUUCAAAGAGGUGGCUGAGGCCUAUGAAGUCCUCUCUGACAAAAGUAAACGUGAUGAAUAUGACAGAUAUGGAAGUGGCAGAAUGCGACGCCCAGGUUCCUCCAGCUCAGACUUUUCAUCAGAUUUCCCAGGAUUCACUUUCACAUUCCGCAGUCCAGAUGAGGUGUUCAGAGAGUUUUUUGGUGGACAGGAUCCCUUCGCUAGCUUAUUUGAUGACUUUCCUUCCUUUGAAGGCUCGUCCUCUCACCUCGGGCCCAGUCGGUUCUUUUCUUUUCCUUCAGCUGGUGUUGACUUUACCUCCUUCUCCUCUUCCUUUGGUGGUCUUGAAGGGAUGGACAGCAUGGGUGGAGGGAUGUGCAACUUCAAAUCAGUUUCUACCUCCACUCGCAUCAUAAAUGGCAAACGCACCACCACCAAGAAGAUAAAGGAGAAUGGGCAGGAAAGAGUAGAGAUUGAGGAGGAUGGGGUGUUAAAGAGUGUCCUAAUUAAUGGCGUGAACGAUGAAAUGGCCCUUGCACUGGAGCUGAGUCGACGGGAGGGACAGAAGCCAUCGCUUGCCGAAUCUGACAGAUCCCGCCCCAACGCUUACUCUGCAGCCACACAUAGGUCAGUUAGCUCUGCCCCCUUCUACAACUACGGGGUUGCGGCAGACAGCGAGGAUGAUGAAGAAGACGAAGACCUUCAGAUGGCUUUGGCGUGCAGCCUGUCAGAAAUGGAAGCCCAGCAGAGGGCAGCUGCUACUGACUUCAUAUCAGUGGUCAACAUUGACUGCUUCUCCGUGGCUCCCUGUUGCAGAGAGGUUAAGAAGGGAGAGUGAAGAUAAGUCCAGUAAACAGCUCUCGAUCAGAGCAGAAACCAUUGUGACUUUGGUGGUUGAGUCCCCCAGAAGCUGCCGCUCAGCUACAGCUCUCUUCAGAGCUACCUGGAUUUAGGUGAGAUGACAGAUUGAAGACGUAGCUGCUUACCACGCUGAAUGUGUUACUAAUGUACAGCUGGGAAAAUUUGAAUUAAGGAUUUAUUUUGACCAAACCAGGGUUGGUAAGACUAGCUAAAAUGUUUUGAUCCUGUCAGGUUUGACUGAAGCGUGUUUUAUAACGAUUAUGAAAGGUAAAAUUACUGUUUAUCAAUGGUGUUUGGUGACUUUGAGGAGAACAAUACCAGCCCAUUCUCAUCCCUGGUUACCAGAUACAGCUACUUUGUUGUGCUACACACAGGCAGGAAGGUGACAUAUUGUGCUGUUGCUCUGAUUGUCGAACAGUCAAUCAGAGUAUGAGACAAUCAGAGUAUGAGUGUGUGCAUCAGAGAUACAUUAAAGCCUGGUUGGCAUCACACCCAGAUGCUAAGAGGUACUUUCUGUUAGAGAUGAGAGGCCAAAAGAUCUGCCGAAACAGUGUUAUUUCACACACUGAGAAUGAGACCAGGCUCAUAUAGUGGGUCUUUUGUUAUGGUGAGGUGUGGCCGAUGUCCCCAUUUGUUUUGAUCAAAGAUGCUGGUGCUCUGCUGCGACAUCUAGUGGCAGGGAAUGGAGCUUUUAAAAUGGUGCAAAGUAAUACAGAGUAUUGCUUCAGAAUGUAUGUAAAUUUUCUGAAUAUUAAUGUAGAUUGAAAACAGUGGAUAAAGAGUGAUUUAUUAAGCGGUAGUGAUGUAAAUCUCAGUAUGCUUACGUGUGUGUGUGCUUGUGUGUGUGUGUGUGUGUGUGUGUGUGUGUGUGUGUUGAGGUCAUUUGAGAUCCUGCCAUAGAAUUUCUCAUUUGGACACUCAGUCAGAGGGAAUGUAUCAGAACUGUGUCACAGACAAUAAAUCAAAAGCCUAAGUAGGCCAUGGAACUCUGGUCAUUUCAGGCAUGACAUAAAAGACUAGUUUGAUCCAAAAAGACCUGUGCUUACAUAGCUGAUGCUUAUUUUUAGAAUAUGUGUAGCAAGUUGUUGAAGCAUAGACUCACACACAUACCUUGCAGGCCUCCCGGUGAGAAUUGUUAAAACCAGUAACUUAGUGUUUACACUGUUGCAUGUAGUAAGGAGCUCAUUUAUCAUGAAACCUUUGCCUAAAUAUCAUUAUCAUAUUUUACAAAUUAUCUUCCAAACCAGUGGCAAGUCACCAUAUAAAUUGUGUGUAUUUUGAUCCUUUUGGUGCCUUUGCAUAUUUUUAUUACUUUACUUUGCGUUUAUCUUGCUUACUUUGUCAGAAAAACAAAUGUACUUCCAGCCAAACAAGACUAAUUUAAUCUCUAUCAAAUAAAAUAAAAUUAAAAGUAAAGUACACACCGUGCGCUGAGAGUAAAUCUAAAUAGUGUUUGUGUUUUCGUUUCCAAUCGUGAUGUUAUAUUUUUGCAGUUUAGUCAUUCAUUUAUCUCAUUCAGCUGCGGCUGAGAUGGCUUUUAUGUCCUAUUCAAGACCCCAACACGUUUGAUGCCAUAUAAGUUCCCACAUUUACACCAGAGUGAGACAUACUUUCAAGUUUACAAUGUAGUAAAUGGUUUUAGGUGGUCGUCUGUGCUCAGUCCUGCUGCCACUGCUGCUGGAAAAUUAUUAAGCUCGUCUGCCUGAGGUGUAGACGUGUUAUGUGGACAGAGAGAGAGAGAGAGAAGAGGACAACUGAAUGAAACUCAAAUUAAGAUGAAAACAAAAUUCAAUAUUUAGUCUGAUAAUUAGGCCACCUCAACCUGUGAGGCGCACUAUAACACUUUCAUUCAGAGUGGAAUACGAGUUACUGUUUUAAAUGUGAUUGUUGCUGUAUCUGUGCAAUCAGGCUGAAAGUAACACAAAGCCCUGUUAGUGCCAAAACACAAGUGUGUUAAAAAAAUAAUUUCAAGUACACUUCUAUAGGAGUACACUUUUCUAAUGUAUGUAAUUUACUCAUAGAGCUCGUAGAGCUCAUCAUGUUAUUUGUUAUUUGGUUGUCCUAAAUUUGUCAUGAGUGCUUGAUCUGUUUGACUUUGCAUGAGUUUUGCUUUCCCCUUUAAAGGGUAGAUAUCAUCACUGGCAAAUAAGCACAGCUGUGAGAAUAUUUAAAUAUUUAAACCGGUUCAAAUAAUUUUGAAGCUGAGUUGUUUAUCAUUUCUCCUCUCUAAACUGUUAUUGUGUUUGAAAAGGGAAUAAGAGGUAAAGACGUUUCUCUAAUAUAUAUAUAUGCACCUGUAUUAUUUGUACUACGCUGACAUGCCAUGUGUUUUUGUUAUUUUUAU